AUGCUAGCGAAGCGUGGUUUGGCAAGAGCCUCUCGGGUCCACUUCAGGGUGGUGAUAUCGGUCAUCUGGAUAGCUGGUGGUGUCAUGGCAGCUCCCUUCGCAUACGGGUUACGGGUCACCAAGGCACCUGUACCCUACUUCCCUCUCAACAGCUGCAGUGAAACCAGAGAGAUGGAAAUAUUCGCUGCUUUUGAAGAAUCCUGGAGAACUUGUGGCCUGAGAGAUUAUCUAACGAACAGCAUUGGAGAACCAAAAGAGAACUUCCUUUCCAUCUUGAAAUAA